AUGUCUUCCCGCACUGUCUUACGACAGACGGCGCCCUUACGCCCGUUAAAUGCGUCGCUUAGGACGUUUGGAACAACACGAACUGCUCGCCAAAAUGUGCCUCCGCCUCCACCGCCUCCCAAGGCGCAUAAACCGCACGGGCAGGUCUAUUCCGAUUUCUUCCCUGCGAUGAUCCCAAUCGCGCUCCUGGGCUCUGCAGUGUACCUCGGACUCGAACUCGUACGCACGAACCUGUCGCGCGAAAAGUACCUGGACGAAGCGCGGGCACGCAUCAACGAGCUCGAGGCGGAAAUAGACGCGCUGCGCCAACCGCGUACUGACGCGAUAAAGACAGUCGCGUCCAGCGCUGCGGCGAAGGCAGUCAACAGCGCGGGUUCCUGGCGCAAGUGGCUAGGCUGGUAG